AUGUCUGAUGACGAGUAUUUGACCCCGCAAUUGCAACCUGCUGUAACUGCUAGAAUUAUUCCUGCGAAUAUUCCUCUCCCUCCACCCCUCGAUAUGAAUGGAGAGUUUGGCAGAACUAUGAGAUCGCAGCAAGACUGCGAAACGAAGACUCGACUCGUACGGCUACCCUGCUCACUUGCAUUGGCCCCGACUGGCCUGGAGGUGUUUGAUGGCCUGAAUUUUGACAACGACACGGACAGGACGAAAAUCGCUCUCGUUCUUCAAAAAUUGGAAGCGUUUUGUAUUGAGGAUUCCAAUGAGACGUAUGAACGAUACAAAUUUAACAGGCGUGAUCGAGAAGUGGACGAAUCUAUUAAGAAUCAAUAG